CGUUUCCUACGCCUGAGGGUCAGACGACGCAGCCAGGGCUUGGACACUGGACCAGACGGAGACGAAUUCUUGAUUCCGACGGACGCCUGUCCGGAGUAUACCUUCAAUAAUCUUCUACCAGACACGGACUACGCCGUGGAUGUGAACACUGUCGCUGAGGAUGAACGCACAGAGAGCAGUCCGAGUACAAUGGAUGUAACAACGCCACCUAUGCAGGAAGGUGAAAUUUCUUUCAACGGGAUCACGACCACGUCAAUCAAUUUCUCAUGGGGUAUGGUCUCGGCCGAUACCAACGGACCCUUCGACUUCUACCUUCUGAACUUGAAGAACGAGUUGAGCAUCGAUAUCCACAACGUCCAGGUGAAUACCAGUGAGACUAGAGAGCAUACCUUUAGCGGUUUGAUGCCAGGCAGGCUGUACAGGGUGGAGCUGAUUGUCAACAGUUUCAGACAGAGAAGUGCAGCCAUGUACACCCGCCCAGAUAAACCAACCGACAUCAUGCUCUCUGACAUCACAACAACGAGUCUCACCAUCGACUGGAAAGCACCGCUUACCAGCCAUCAAGGUUUCAGGCUCUGCUGGGCUUAUGGCGAGACCAACACGCUGGAGCUUGGACCAGCUAUCAUGGAACGAACGCUGUCAGACUUGGAAGCAGGAGCCGAGUAUCUGAUUUCACUCACUGCUGUCGUUGGCACGGGGACUGACCAGAUCACUAGCGAGAAGUUCACUACCAUUGUCACCUUAUUCCCACCUGCUGAGCUCCACGUCAACAUAACCAGCUUCAACACCACCACACUCUCCAUAGUUUGGGGGACAGACAUCACUCUCUUGGACGUCAGCAGUUACAUGGUCAGCUACUGGGAGACUGCCAACAACGGGUCAGUCCAGGACAUCACGGUGGACGAUCCUAGCCAGACCGACUACACCAUCGACGGUCUGGUGCCAGGCACUCGGUAUUGUUGCAUGGUGGAUGCUCUGGGAACUGUUCGGGCAGUCACCUCCAUCGGAGCCACACAGUACACAAUUCCUCGUCAACCAUCCAGCUUCGUGGAUACUCUGGUCACAGCAGAUGAGAUCUCUCUCUCCUGGCUUCGUCCUCCAUCAGGCAACUUUGAUAGCUAUGAACUCUCCUAUACCCCAGAGAAUGGUGCUAAGGUCACCUUGCCUGACCUAGCAGCAGAUGAGAACAGUUUGGUCCUGGAAAACCUUGGUACAGCCACCGAGUACAUCAUUCUGCUACGCACCAGGGCUGGACUAAACACCUUCAGUGAGCCUCUGGAGUUGACUGUUACUACAAGGUCUGCUCUCCUAGCCCUACAACCUAUACCCGAUCCCACGUCUGAUGUCUCCCUAGACUGGGACCAAGAAGCGGGAUCUAUUCAGAGGUACAUUUUGACCUAUGACCCCAACAACGGUGACCCAAUCUCUCCCAUCAGGACCGGUAUACCUGGCCCUGUCUCCAUUUCAGGACUGAUGCCUGGUUCUCAAUACACCUUCCGUCUCUUCUCGGUCCUUACCACCAAUGUUCAGUUCCUGUCCAGCAGUGUCUCCCAUGUCACGACCCCUCAGCCUCCAGGCAAUGUAGCAGUAACGGAGGAGACGACCUCCACCAUUACACUGAGCUGGUCUCCACCUAGCCAGGAGCAGUUCUUUGGAUACAUCUUGGAGUACGAAGGGACUGGUUUUUCAACGGAGCUUGGUCGCACCCCUGCUACCAGUUUCUUACCCCGUCAUCAGGAAUCUGUAACCCUUAAGGGACUGACUCCAGGCAUUUCCUACAGCAUUAAAAUCUCUUCAUUUGUGGAGUAUGAUGAUGUGACGACUCGCAGUAACAUUGUGACAAGUCUCGGUACCACAAUGAGUACAUCUAGUCUGAACAUCGUAGCCAAGUUUGUGAAUCAGACUUCGUUUACCAUUGAAUGGCAGCCGGCUGUUGGAGCCUCAAGCUACGUCACACGGGUGUCUGAGGUGACAGGUGUGGAGAUUUCAUCAGUAACCAACGUCAAUGGGGACUAUGAGAGAACUGAGCAUCGCUUGGUACCAGGAAGGAAUUAUCAGAUCGAAGUCUCUGCAACGGGAACUGGGCAAAGUGAUACAGUUGAACAAAGAACAUUACCAAGUGCAGUGAGUGAUGUUGAUGUCGUGCCGGAGGCAGUGGCGUUGACUUUGUCCUGGGAUCCUGUGUUUGGAGAUGUGGAUGGCUACUAUGCUUUCUACCAACUCAAGGAGGAUCCUUAUCAAAUAUCUGAUCUGUUCUAUGUCAGUGAUCCGUCAAAUCCAAUGGUACGACUUACAGGGCUGAGUCCUCUCUCAGAGUACAUCAUUACCGUGACAUCAUUUUCUGGUUCUGGUAGUGAUCAAGAGAUAAGCUCUUCUACUUUUGAAGCCUCUACAGUGAAUUACAGCCCAGCUGAGAUUGUGAUCGAAACCGUAACAAGCACAAGUAUUGCUUUAUCUUGGGGUGCUUCUAUAAGUCCGACAGCGUCCAGUUACGUGAUCGAGGUGUCAGAUGCAGGGAACGUGGUGCAUAGCACCAGCAGAGCAUUAUCCCAGUCUAGGUUUAUCAUCUUCACUAGCCUGACACCCGGCACACUCUAUACCAUCAGGAUUACAGUGACUGGAAGUAGUGAGCAGGAUAUAGAGACUGCACUUACAGUGCCUACUGCACCCAGGAGUCUGUCUACAGACUCUAUUUCUCAGUCCAUCGUCACCGUGUCCUGGUCUCAGGGUCUUGGCAACGUGGAUGAGUAUGACAUCUACCUGAGGCAAGCAGGAGAAUCAGAGAUGCCUGCUCAAAUCGUACCUCCCUCUCAGCUUACUCAAACAUUUGAAAACCUUGAGCCUGCUACUGACUAUUCUAUGAGAAUCAUUUCUGUUGUUAGGGCUCAGGACUUGGAACAAAGGAGCAUACCUGCAGUAACUAAUUUCACCACCCAACCUAGGAUCAUCAACGUGGCAGAAACUGGAAGAAAUCUAAGGCUGUUCUGGGCCAAUGAUUUUGGAAAUGACAUCCUGAAAUACCAACUUAUCUACAUCGAAGAUAAAGAGGGAGCAACCUCUAAUUCUGAGUUUGUUAGUCCUAGUGAUGCGCCAUCGGUCACCCUUAUGAACCUGAUGCCGGGCCAAACGUACACGUUGAUCUUGACGGCUGUCCGCACUUCAGGAAACCGUGCUCAGAUUGCAUCCACCACUUACACUCUAAAACCUUUACGACCUACGUUCACUGUUAAUCGUCGCUCUCCAUCCGCUGUCAGCCUUCUUGGAAACCUGCUUGGUGGCAUCCUGAAGUUCUUCCGUAUCAGGGUUAAUCGUCAAGGUACCGGAGCAGGAGCGGGCACGCCUAUCGGCAUCGAUGUCUUGAUCCCAGUAGAAGCGUGCCCUGAAAUAGAGCUUACCGGUCUCAUACCUAACACAGACUAUCACGUCACUCUCCAAGCAGAGUCCAGUGUUGCCUCUAGCGAUCUUGAAAUUAUUACAUUCACUACACGUAAGUAAAG